GAUUAUUACCCACCAAAAAAGCGCCCUAAAAUAAUCAAAGCUCAGGAUGUGUCGAGUAUGACAUGGAGUGAUAAAUCAGAGGCAUUCCAAAGCGUUUUAGAUGAACCUCCCAUAAUAAUCAACAAUUUUGUGACUUCGGGUACUUUCGUCGAUAAAUCUCUUUUUAUAAUGGAAUUCAUGAUCUUUGGAAAACGGUCCAAUCUGAUUAUUCGCCCUCGUCGGUUUGGAAAAUCAACCAAUCUUUCUAUGCUUGAAACUUUCCUUUCAACGGAUUAUCCUCCAUUAAAUUAUGUACCAGAUGUAAAAACAUUGUUGUUUGGGAAUUUAAAAGUUGCUAGAUUCGAAUGGUUUGCUAAGUUGUACUACAAACAGUGGCCCGUAAUUCACAUUAGCUUCAAGGAUCUUCGCAGUAAAUCCUGGGAAAUAAUGCAAGAAGACAUAAAGGAAAGAAUUUCAGUUCUAUACGAAGAACAUAAAUAUCUUAUUGACUCUUUCUCUCUUCCAGAGGAUAUGAAUAUGAAAGAUAAUUUUAUUAAAGUACUCAGAAAAGAAACAAAAGAUAGUGCAUCUUGGACAUAUGCUCUUUCUAAUUUAGCACGUUAUCUUAACAAGUGCUUUGGAAAGAGUUCCAUUAUUCUAAUCGAUGAAUACGACUGGCCUAUGGAAAAUGCAAGAGGAUUUUAUGAUAAUGUUCACGAUUUUUUUAAAACGAUGUACUCAAGUGUAGCUAAGGAAAAUACUUACGUGGAUAAGGUCCUGUUUGUUGGGACUCUCCCACUAGGACAAACAAGCUUUCUUUCCGGAUUUAACAAUGUAGUGGUCUAUCCAAUGCAUGAAAAACCAAGCUGUUCUGGCCGUGCUAUUUUCUCUGAUACAUUUGGAUUCACCGAAAAUGAAAUUAAGUAUUUGCUAGAAGAAAAAAAACAAAAUGAAAAACUUGAUGAACUACGCCUUUACUAUAAUGUAUACCGAACGAGCACUGUAGUUUAUAUUUACAACCCACAUUCAGUAAUAUCGUUUCUAGACAAAGAUGAAAUUGAUAAUUAUUGGAUCUAUAGCGGUUCUACAAAUACACUUAAUAUAAUCCAUUCCCAUUCCUUCUGUAAGGAUAAAGAUGUGGUUGAGUCUGUAGGUCAAGAUGAGUCUGUAGUAAGUCUAGAUGUGGAAUUAAUGCCAUAUCUCCGAUACAAUGACCUUGAUACGAAGCCAGAGAUAAACUCAUUAUGUACUUUAUUAUACUAUAGUGGUUACUUGACUAUGGUUCCAGGAUCUUUGGUUGGUCAUACUGUGAAAAAUGUUAAACUAGUAAUCCCAAAUAGAGAGGUAGCAUGCCAAUGGAUUUUGUGGAUUUUUGAGGUUAUCGGUAUGGAAUAUGCGAAGACAAACGAAAUAUACGAAUCAUUGUUUAAAAAAGAUAUUGCUACAUUUUGUAUCAAAUUUCCAUCGCUUUAUAUGGAGGUAGUGUCUUGUUUUGAUAUUGCUGAUCUCAAAAGAGGUAAAUUAUAUGAAACCUGGUACCAUAUAUUUGUUCUCGGAGCACUCGCUAUGUAUCAUGGUGUUGAAUACCGGGUUGAAUCUAAUCUCGAAGCUGGGGUUGGCCGUCCAGAUGUCCGAAUCAUUCCAAUUAUCCAAAAUAAAACCGUUAGCAUAACGUAUGAAUUUAAGCGUUCUGAUGUUGUAGACUUCCUUAUAAUGAAACAAGACACCACAGAUGCACUAUAUCAAAUUUUUGACAAGGGUUACCGGAUGAGUCUUCCAGAUCAUGUUAAGGAAAUAGUUGAAGUUGGCAUAGCCUUCUGUGAUAAAGUAGCUUUUGUCUCAGCCCGUUGCCUAAAGCCAGAGAUAGAAGAUAAAACAAUACUUCUGACUCGCUACCUUUAUAUUUUUGCAUUCACUCAGUCACAUUUACAGUGAACAUCUUUGAUCACAAUUUCCUUUUUUUUAAUGCACGUAAAACUGAGUAUAUGCAGACAAUUGCUUGUUUUCUCAUCUAACUAAUGUUACGGCACAUUUAUUUUUUUAAUUUCCGAAUCGAUAGAGUAUGUAACUAGGUUAUCCAUUAAAACACGUACGUUGUCGCAUUAUUACAUCAUAGAUGCAACCGUGAAGAAUCUUCACGAUAGAAAAUCACGUGAGUAUUCGGGUCAAAA